AUGGCGCAGGAAACCGGGAGCAGCUCUCGACUCGGGGGGCCCUGCGGGGAGCCUGCGGAGCGCGGAGGUGAUGCUAACGAGGAGGACCACCCCCAAGUCUGUGCCAAAUGCUGCGCACAAUUCUCUGACCCGACCGAAUUCCUCGCUCACCAGAACGCAUGUUGUACUGACCCACCCGUAAUGGUGAUAGUUGGGGGUCAGGAGAACCCCAACAACUCAUCAGCCUCCUCUGCACCCCGGCCAGAGGGCAACAGUAGGCCCCAGGUCAUGGAUACAGAGCACAGCAAUCACCCAGAUUCUGGGUCUUCUGGGCCCGCUGAUCCUACAUGGGGGCCAGAGCGUAGAGGGUCUUCCGGGCAUUUCCUGGUCGCUGCCACAGGUACAGCGGCUGGAGGAGGUGGGGGCCUGAUCUUGGCCAGUCCCAAGCUGGGAGCAACCCCAUUACCUCCAGAAUCUACCCCUGCACCCCCUCCUCCUCCUCCCCCUCCCCCUCCCCCUCCAGGUGUAGGCAGUGGCCACUUGAAUAUUCCACUGAUUUUGGAAGAGCUGCGAGUGCUGCAGCAGCGGCAGAUCCAUCAGAUGCAGAUGACUGAGCAGAUCUGCCGCCAGGUGCUGCUACUUGGCUCCUUAGGGCAGACGGUGGGUGCCCCUGCCAGUCCCUCAGAGCUGCCUGGGACAGGGACUGCCUCCUCCACCAAGCCCCUACUGCCCCUCUUCAGUCCCAUCAAACCUGUCCAAACUGGCAAGACACUGGCACCUUCCUCCUCUUCCUCCUCCUCGGGGGCAGAGCCGCCUAAGCAGGCUUUCUUCCACCUUUACCACCCACUGGGAUCGCAACAUCCCUUCUCUGUUGGAGGAGUUGGGCGAAGCCACAAACCCACACCUGCCCCCUCCCCUGCCCUGCCAGGCAGCACAGAUCAGCUGAUUGCCUCACCUCAUCUGGCAUUCCCAGGCACCACAGGACUACUGGCAGCUCAGUGUCUUGGGGCAGCAAGGGGCCUUGAGGCUGCUGCCUCCCCAGGGCUCCUGAAGCCAAAGAAUGGAGGUGGUGAGCUGGGCUAUGGGGAGGUGAUCAGUUCCUUGGAAAAGCCUGGUGGAAGGCACAAAUGCCGUUUUUGUGCCAAAGUAUUUGGCAGUGACAGCGCCCUGCAGAUCCACCUUCGUUCCCACACUGGUGAGAGGCCCUAUAAGUGCAAUGUCUGCGGUAACCGCUUCACUACCCGGGGCAACCUCAAAGUACAUUUCCACCGGCAUCGUGAGAAGUACCCACACGUGCAAAUGAAUCCACAUCCGGUACCUGAGCACCUAGACUACGUCAUCACCAGCAGUGGGCUGCCUUAUGGAAUGUCUGUGCCUCCGGAGAAAGCUGAAGAGGAGGCAGCCACACCAGGUGGAGCUGUUGAACGCAAACCUCUAGUGGCCUCCACCACAGCACUCAGUGCCACAGAGAGCCUGACACUGCUCUCUACUGGCACGAGUACAGCAGUGGCUCCUGGACUCCCUACUUUCAACAAGUUUGUGCUCAUGAAAGCCGUGGAGCCCAAGAGUAAAGCGGAUGAAAAUACGCCCCCAGGGAGCGAGGGCUCCGCCAUUACUGGAGUAGCAGACAGUGGCACAGCAACCCGAAUGCAGCUAAGUAAGCUGGUGACCUCACUGCCAAGUUGGGCACUGCUUACUAAUCACUUGAAGUCAACUGGAAGUUUCCCCUUCCCCUAUGUGCUAGAGCCUUUGGGGGCUUCACCUUCUGAGACAUCAAAGCUGCAACAGCUGGUAGAAAAGAUUGACCGCCAAGGAGCUGUGGCAGUGGCCUCUACCGCAUCAGGGGCUCCUACCACUUCUGCCCCUACACCUUCAUCGUCAUCUUCAGGACCUAACCAGUGUGUCAUCUGUCUCCGGGUGCUGAGCUGUCCCCGGGCGCUACGCCUGCAUUAUGGCCAACAUGGAGGUGAGCGGCCCUUCAAGUGUAAAGUGUGUGGUCGAGCUUUCUCCACAAGGGGCAAUUUGCGUGCACAUUUUGUGGGCCACAAGACCAGUCCAGCUGCCCGGGCCCAGAACUCCUGCCCCAUCUGCCAGAAGAAGUUCACUAAUGCGGUCACGCUGCAGCAACAUGUUCGGAUGCACCUGGGAGGCCAAAUCCCCAACGGUGGUUCCACGCUCCCUGAAGGUGGGGGAACUGCCCAGGAGAACAGCUCUGAGCAAUCUACAGCCUCUGGACCAGGGAGCUUCCCCCAGCAGCAAUCCCAGCAGCCAUCACCGGAAGAGGAGUUGUCUGAAGAAGAGGAUGAGGAAGAAGAGGAAGAUGUGACAGAUGAAGAUUCCCUAGCAGGAAGAGGCUCAGAAAGCGGGGGUGAGAAGGCCAUAUCAGUACGAGGUGACUCCGAAGAGGUGUCUGGGGCAGAGGAGGAAGUGGGAACGGUGGGAGCAGCACCCACCACCGGGAAGGAAAUGGAUAGUAAUGAGAAAGCUGCUCAACAAGCAUCUCUGCCACCACCUCCACCUGACAACCUGGAUCAUACCCAACCAAGGGAGCAGGGAACCAGUGAUGUUUCCGGAGGCAUGGAGGAAGAGGCCAAACUGGAGGGGACCCCAAGCCCGACUGCAGCAGUCACCCAAGAAGGCGAGGGCACCAGUACCGCUUUGGUGGAGGAGCUGAGCUUACCGGAAGCCGUGAAAAAGGAGCCAGGAGAGGGCAGCAGCAGAAAGGCCUGUGAUGUGUGUGGCCAGACCUUUCCCACCCAGCUAGCUCUGGAGGAGCAUCAGAAGACCCACCCUAAGGAAGGGCCACUCUUCACUUGUGUUUUCUGCAGGCAGGGUUUCCUUGACCGUCCUACCCUCAAGAAGCACAUGCUGCUGGCUCACCACCAGGUACCACCCUUUGCACCCCAUGGCCCUCAGAAUAUUGCUACUCUUUCCUUGGUCCCCGGCUGUUCCUCUUCUAUCACUUCUCCAGGGCUCUCCCCAUUCCCUCGAAAAGAUGACCCUGCCAUCCCAUGA